GCUGUGUCGUCAUCGUCCCCCCCAUGUGUCAAAACUGCUGGUGCACAUGGACAAGGUCACACAUCGCUUGCGCGAAAAAUGUCGCAGCCAUGGAUGUACCCCACGUUUUUACUGUGCGUGUACGGCUUCUUCUCCAGUAUGAGACCUCUGGAGCCAUUCCUUACCGCGUAUUUACUGGGACCGGAUAAAAACCUCACCGAAACGCAGGUGGUGAACGAGAUGUACCCGGUGUGGACCUACUCCUACCUGGCGCUGCUCUUCCCCGUCUUCCUGGCCACGGACUACCUUCGCUAUAAACCCAUCAUCAUCUUGCAAGGGGCGAGCUUCGUCGUCACAUAUUUCAUGCUGGUCCAGACACAGGGGAUGCCUGCCAUGCAGGUGCUGGAGUUCUUCUACGGGGUUGCCACGGCGACGGAGGUGGCCUACUACUCGUACAUCUACAGCGUGGUGGAAUCGGACCAGUACCAGAGGGUGACCGGGUACUGUCGCAGCAUCACGCUCGUCGGCUCCUCCGUGGGCUCUCUCCUCGGGCAGGUUCUGGUCUCGGCCGCCGACGUGCCCCUGCAUUACUUGGGCAUCGGCAUGCUGGUGUCAUCCGCCCUGGCCUUCAUCGCUCCCUGGUUCCUCCCGGUCGCCAGCAGGAGCCUGUUCUUCCAUGACAGCAAGUGCGGGCCUCCUGCCCAGGAGGUCGUGGGAAAGGUCGCCGGGGCCCCGACCGAGAGCCUUGGCAAAGAGAAGGUGGAUGAACACGAGUGCAAGAAGUUGCUCCAGCAGGAAUGCCCUGAAGUGGUUACUAAGGUUCCAGAAGCAGGCGGCGAGAGCGUCAGUGUGUUCGGUGUGCUGCGAAUGCUCUGGGGAGACUUUGUGCACUGCUACUCAUCGCCCACCAUGCUUGCCUGGUCCGUGUGGUGGGCUCUGUCCACUUGCGGCUAUUUGCAGGUGGUCAACUACACCCAGGCGCUGUGGGAGAAGGUUCUACCCUCCCAGGAAUUCAUGAUUUACAACGGUUACGUGGAGACGGUAUCCACCUUGCUAGGUGCCUUGGCUGCAUUUGCCGUAAGCUUCGUGAAGAUUUCCUGGGCCUCCUGGGGUGAACUGGCCCUGUGCUGCUUCUCGGUGGUCAUUGCUGUGGUGAUGUACCUCAUGGACACCAUCCAGAACAUCUGGGUGUGUUACACCUGCUACAUCAUCUUCAGGGCAACCUAUAUGCUGCUCAUUACCAUCGCGACGUAUCAGAUAGCAGCUGCCCUUAGCAUGAGGCGCUAUGCCUUGGUGUUUGGAGUGAAUACCUUCGUCGCUCUUCUGCUACAGACCAUCCUCACCCUCAUCGUGGUUGACACUGCCGGGUUGGGCCUCGAUAUUUUCACGCAGUUCCUGAUCUAUGCCAGCUACUUUGCUGCAAUCGCUGUGAUUUUCCUGGUGGCUGGCCUGUACAAGGUGGUGGCGCGGUACGGGAAGGCGUCCUCCAGCCCGAGCGACAGCAGCCAGACCGAGUCAGACUCAGCGGGGGGCAGUUUGACUCUCCGCGACACUGAGCUGACACAGGUCGUUGAAGACAAGCUGCAGCCUCAAAGCUAGGAGGCCGGAGUGUCCGUUUUUCUGUUUCUCAAAGGUCAACGAAUGAGGAAAGGCCUGUCUUGUGUCUUAGGCUUCUGUUGCAUCUAUUGUUUACAGAAUCGCGCGUUAUCCAGCUUGCCUGGGUCGUCAUAGUUAGACGUAGCCUCUGUUGAGGCUUUGAGAAGUGUCCUUUGUGCAUAAAAAGCCUUUUUCAGCAUUGUAUGUUUGCACAUGGGAUGAUCAGCACUUAACAUUCAACUGCAACACUCAGUUUUUACAAAAAAUUGUGUACGAAGAAUGAGUUAGAGCUUGAACUUUAGUCAUUAUACUGUAACUAUAUUAUACCUUUAUCCAUUUGCUUGUAUGAUACAAGCAACAGUACUUGAACAUGUGCAAUUGAGUGAACUUAUCCCACUCCUGAUGGGCUCCUACCCAGUGAAAAAAUAAGUAACAGCUUGUGCAAGUAUGUACUCUUGCCAUACACUCUGAUUAUGAAUUUAGUAGAAAAGCAUUUUUGCCUGUUAUAUUCAUUUUGCUUCCAUAAUUAUGUUUCACACAGUUGUGGCACAGAGCCACACACACAUGCUCUCAACCAACUGGAGGUGAUCGCUGACAGCAGAACUUUCACCCCGUUUGUUACAGAGCAGACAUUCAACACAACAGGCAAGUCAACGUGAAGUACACACUCAAAAACAAGGCAACAUUUCAGAAAACUGCAACAUUGAAUAAAUGCUUUUAACUUUACAGAAACUUAACUUUCAGUGGAAGCCAAGGUGGGAGAACAAUUUUCCUUUCAUAGGGACAGUCAACCAAUGACAAGUAUUGAUUGUCAAUCAAAUAUCACAAGUAAAACAGCAGGUUCAUUAUUACUUUGCUGAUGCUUUUCUCCAAAGUGUCUUAUGGGGUUGAACUACUUAAAAUGAAUUUUUUUUUUUUUUUUUUACGGUCUGUAAAUUGUUCAGACUAUCAGUACGGUUACUAUUAGUUACUGGAGUAUAAAACAAAGUGAUUUUGCUGUAUUCAUUACUCUAAUACUAUAUGGUUGGCCACCUGCACCUGUUUAGCUCCUUCAUAGCUAUUACUUACUGUCACAAAGUGUGGGUUUCCUCCAGGUGCCCUGCUUUCCCCCAAACUCCAAAGUCUUGUGUUUCUGGUGCAUUGGUGUGUAACACUAUCACCCUGGAUAAAAGUGUGAAACACUAAAUCAGUGUGUGCCACUUUGGAGAAGUUUCCAAAUGUAAAUGUCUUGUUGGGCAGGGGUUAUGGAAAAUUCAAACUCAGUCUUCAUAAAUAUGACAAAAAUUCAAAAGUCAAGGUGGGGUUAGCUGUGUCUCUGGGUAUAUUUUGGUUUUCUAAUUUUACAUGACUUUUUUUUUUUUUUUUCCCUCCAGUAAUAUUU